UGCGCCACCAGGGAAGCCCAAGAUGAUAUAUAUUUUAAAGGACAGUCUUGUGAAGUCUGUGAAGUUAACUGUGAAUUUAUUAAUGAAUUUUCUGAAGACAUCUGGUUUUAUCUAAAACAUUCCUGGGAAGUUCCACAGGUUCUUAAGAUCUAUGGGACAGUGCUUUCCCAGUUUACCAUUUUAUAGACUGUCUCAGAAUAGAUUUGCUUUUGUUAAAAAAAAAAACUGCCCUAAAAAUCAGGCACAUGGCAUAGUUUAUGUUUAGUUAAUGUAAAUUUUGUAACAGCAGUGUUUGGUGACCUUUAAUUAUAUGCCCCUCUUAUUUUAAUCCUUAGGGGAAACCUGUUGGUUUUCACUUUGUUUUCUCAAGAAUGAGGUAGUAAUGAUCUCCUUGUUAUUGCACCUACUUUGUACGGUUUUGUUAAGAAACAUAGUGACCUAAAAUCUUAGCUUUUCCCUUAGAUUGAGAGAAAUGAACCCUAGUGAGUUUUUUUUUUUUUUGGAAAUUUAUAUGGCAAUUUGCUGCAGAGUUUAUACACAAAAUAGUUUUGUUGCACGUUUGCUGCUGUUAGGCCCAUCUUUUAAUUUAAUCUUUCCUAAUGUGAAUAAAAAUGUUAUAUAUUGAACUUUAAGGGGAAUAGAUGGAUGAGAAAUGUUAAAGUCAUAGACAGAGGCAGUGAUCCUAAUGUAUAGGAGGAAUGUCACAUUUUGGGUUGAAAAGUAAUUCGGCAACAGUAUCUUCUUUUACAAAAUACAUCUCUCUGAAAGUCUUUCUGAUGUGUUUGAAUGCAGCCCUUAGACGGCCAUUACCAGUCAUGUGUUGGUAAUGAGAGCCAGGUGUGCACAUUGCCCUGCCUUGGGGUGUUGGGUGAUGGAGAAGACCCAGUAAGACUCUAGGAAUCAACUUGGAGUUGAUUCCUAACCUGCAAUGCUGUGUGUUAGUUAUGAUCAUUUUAAAAUAAUGAAUCAAUCAAUCAAUCAAUAAUGGGAGGAAAUUAAGCAAUUACUAAAUCAGUUUAUCAAGUAGGAUUUGUGAAAUGUCCACACAUGAAUAGCGUAAUGACAUGUACUGAAUAAAUUGUGUCUGUUUCUACCCUUUUGGCAAUUAGGACAUGAUCUAACUGGAAUGUCAAGCUGUGCUUUGUAAAUUGAUCUAAUAUCUAGUGGUUUUAAUAAUUGAAGAUUAUUUUAAAUUGCAACCCGAUCCUUAUUUAUUAGUUUACUAAGCCAUCCAAUUUACUUAUUAUGAUAGUAGUUAAAAUGUUUUAAUGUUCUCUGUUCAUUAUGUGCUGUUAAGAUCACAUUUAUGCUGACAGCAAAUCAGAUCAGUGUUAGUAAAAAGUAAAUGUUGAUGUAAACUGGGCCAACAUGAUCCAUUUUUCUAAAAAUGUGAAUUCAUACAGUUUAAAUUCAUAUUAUCUAAUUUGAGACAUUAUUUAGAUAUUCUGAAAAUUUAAAAUUACAGAAGUUAAUUCUGUCUUUAUGUUUCAGAUCUGUGGAGUAGUAGUUUUUACCUUUUUUGUGUAUUACAAGCUCUUUUGAGAACCUAUUAAAAGCUAUGAACUCUUUCACCAGAAAAAUGCCUGUACAACUAAAGAAGAUUCACAAACUUCUCAACCUAUUCCAUAAAACAGUAAAACUAAUGUGCCUCAGGCAAAACAGUCUGUCAACAGAGACACGGGCUGCUACUACUCUUCAUUCACACUUCCAGUACAGCAGGUGUCUUCGUGUGCUAUCAUUACACAUGGACCUUUGCGCCUUCCACUGAUAAUCUUGAACUGAGAUGUGGGCAUUCUGCUCUUUGCCGUUGGCAUCCUUUCUGAUGGAUCAGGCAUCUGUUCUGACUGGUUUGUGUGCUGGAGAGGCAAAUAUUUGACUUCCUUGGAUAUCAGUGGGCACCUAUCCUGGCAAAUUUUGUACAUAUUAUUAUCGUCAUUCUUGGUUUAUUUGGAACUAUUCAAUAUAGACCUCGUUACAUAACAGGAUAUGCUGUCUGGCUAGUCCUCUGGGUUACGUGGAAUGUGUUUGUUAUCUGCUUCUAUUUGGAGGCUGGGGACCUCUCAAAGGAAACAGACCUUAUCCUGACUUUUAAUAUUUCAAUGCACCGAUCUUGGUGGAUGGAGAAUGGACCAGGAUGUACGGUGACAUCAGUGACACCUGCCCCAGACUGGGCCCCAGAAGACCAUCGCUACAUCACGGUCUCGGGGUGUUUUCUGGAGUACCAGUACAUAGAAGUGGCUCAUAGUUCCCUCCAGAUUGUCCUCGCACUGGCAGGGUUCAUCUACGCCUGUUAUGUUGUGAAAUGUAUAACUGAAGAAGAGGACAGCUUUGAUUUCAUAGGUGGCUUUGACUCUUAUGGCUAUCAGGGGCCUCAGAAGACAUCUCAUUUACAGCUACAGCCUAUGUACAUGUCGAAAUAAUACAAAUGGCUUCAGUAUAUCAGCUCCUGGACCGUUCAAAGAACUUGUUUCGCAGUGGCCUCCUGCAUUUUUUGAAGAGCAAGAAGCAACUAAGUUUAAAUAUAUAUACAUACUAACAAAACAUAAAGCCUCCACGUACACUGGGACCACACACACACACACACACACACACACGGGCACACACACACACACACGGGCACACACGGGCACACAACCAAUUCUACUUGGCCUCCUCUUUCUAACUGAAACAGACAGAUAUGCAGGAUACGCCCAUCGUGGAUUUCCUGAAAGCAGGCUGCUUUCUCCCAGGCCUUUGGAAAGUUCAUAAGGAGACGUGCUGGUGCCCUCUGCUGGCCGUCACUAACUGCUCUGCAGCCCAGCCAGUUGGCCUCUGCCAGCUGCGAAGUCAUCCAGGGCACAUUAGCUAGAGAGCCGUCUUCUGCGCUCCGUAUGUCUUGAUAGCACCACAGCUAUGUAGGCAAUGUAAUUGCAAAAAACAAACAAACGAAACAUGGCAUGACGACCCUGUAACUGAAGUCUGAAAUGGCAGGUUGUUUGCCCUAAAGGCUGUACCGUUACAUACUUGCCUUAACCCACCUAAGUUGUGCGCCUGAGAAUCUCAGUGCAGACACCCCCAAGUCACUUCCUUUAGGCUAACACACUGCUAUUAAUUCCGAAUGA